ACAUGUGCUGUCACUCAAACACCCUGUGCAGACCGCUCAAACUGAGACCGAGAUCCCGGCAGCUCAAAGACGACCGACUCGCCCUCGUCUUUGGACGCUGUUGAGUUUUACAGAUUGACUGUUCUGUGGUGCUUUAUUGCGAGCGAAUCGAAUCAGAUGAUGAAGGCCGUGGUGAUACUGAGUGUACUGGUGACUGUUGUGUGCCAGGUGAGCAGUAUCAAGCAGGUAAAGCAAAGCGAUCUAAACCCAUCGGUGUUGUAUCCAUGGCAACACAGAAGUGCAGGAGCACAGGUCCGAGUGAAGAGAGACUGGAUCAUUCCACCUAUCAGAGUCUCAGAAAACAGCAAGCAGGUUCCUGAAGAUCUGGUCCAGAUUAAAUCUGAUAAAAUUUUCACGGGCGAGGUGAUAUACAUGCUGGAGGGUCCCGGGGUUGACCAGGACCCUAAAGGCCUCUUUGAAAUCGAUGAGAAAACAGGAUGGAUUAAAAGUAAAAGGCCACUGGACAGGGAGAAACACAGGAGUUUUAAGCUCAAAGCUUUUGCACUUUCCCCGAGCGGAGAGAGAUUGGAGAGUCCGACCACCAUUGAGAUUUAUGUUCUGGAUCAGAAUGACAACAGACCUGAAUUUACACAGAAGGAGUUUUUCGGGACAAUCCCAGAAUUCUCUGUUCCAGGUACUUCAGUGAUGCAGGUGACAGCAGUAGAUGGUGAUGAUCCUAUGACAGAUAACGCAGCUCUGAGUUACUCUAUUAUUGGUCAGGAGACCGUCCCACCUCACAGCAUCAACAAGACCAUGUUCGGCAUCAACAACAAAACUGGAGUCAUCUCCAUACGAGACGUGGGACUGGACCGAGAUGUGGUGCAGUCUUUUAAGUUGACUCUGCAGGUGGCUGACAUGUCUGGAAUGGGUCUUGCCUCCGUCGGCCGUGCCAUCAUUAACAUCUCUGACAUUAACAAUCACGCUCCAAAAUUCCAACCUAACGUGUAUAAAAUGUAUGCGAUGGAGAACAAGCACAUUGCGGAGGUGGGUAGAAUCAACGCGACAGAUAAUGAUCAGAGAGGUGGACUAAACUGGAUGAUCAAAUACAAAAUCACAAACGGAGAUCCAGCAGGACACUUCAGUGUGCGUACAGACCCGGUGACCAACCAGGGCAUCAUUUCUGUGGUUAAGCCACUGGAUUUUGAGUCACAGGCGGAGCACCAGCUCACUGUCACAGCUGAAAAUGCAGUGACUCUUAAAGCUCCAUAUGAAAGAGUCCAAAGUGCCACAGUCACAGUCAGUGUGCUGAAUGAAAACGAACCCCCGAUCUUCUACAGAAACCCUAUUAAAGUGACUGUGCCAGAAUCCGUCGACCCUGGUACCAUACUGGUCUCAGAUGUCGCACAUGAUCCAGAUAACGCCAAGCUACGGUAUGAAAUCAUUCAGGAUCCUGAGAAUUGGCUUUAUAUCAAUCACGCGACUGGACAGAUCUCAACCAGUAGAAACUUCAAUAUCCGCUCUCCACAUGUCAAGAACAACAUCUACUCUGCCGUUGUAAAGGUCAUAGACCAAGAUGCUGAUGGGGUUUCUGCGACAGCCACGCUGGAAGUCACUCUGUGGGAAACCAAUGAUUAUCCACCCAUACUGAUUCCAUUGAGUGGGACUGUAUGCAGUGAUCAGGACAGAGAUAAACUGGGUCUACUGCUCAGUGCUAUCGAUCAGGACAUGGCUCCUCAAUCCGACCCCUUUACAUUUAAAAUAGACGACCAAAAUCUGGCCGCCAACUGGACCAUAAUAACUCUGAAUGAGACUCACGCCGUUCUCCAGCCACUUGUAGACAUCGAGAGCGGAGAAUUUUCUAUUCCUGUUGUCGUGUCAGACUCGGGCUCUCCGUCCCUUUCUUCAUCUGCUUUGGUCAAUGUCACCGUCUGUUCCUGUGAUAGUUUCGGAGACUGCAAGAGUUUGUCGGCAGCCAUGUUUGGAUCCAGAAUGGGCCUAAGCUUUAUUGCCCUCAUGAUUAUUGUGGGCAGCAUUGUUUUUCUAUUGUUGCUGAUUGUCCUCGCUGUGACUGUGAGAGGCUGCAUGAGGCCUGACAUGAAGAAAGGAGGAGGACUGUUGAUCGGGACAUCUGAAGAGGACAUCAGAGACAACGUCUUUCAUUACGAUGAGCAGGGAGGUGGAGAGGAGGACGAGGAUGCAUUUAACAUUGAUUUUCUGAGGAACCCGAGUGACGUGAUUCCUGCACCAGCCACAUAUUUCCCUCAGAACCGCAGCCUGCCGAGAGGAAAACAGCCCCUAAGGAAAGAUGCUCCACAUAAUCUCCCUUCUCCUACAUAUCCUCGCAAACGUGCUGGAGAGCCGACGGACAUCGAAGAUUUCAUUAAUGUUGGUCUUGAUGCUGCAGAUGCCGACCCCAACGUCCCGCCGUAUGACACGGCUCUGAUCUAUGACUAUGAAGGUGAUGGGUCUGUAGCAGGCAGCCUGAGCUCCAUCGCCUCCACAGGUUCAGAUGAAGAUCAGGACUACGACUAUCUUAACGACUGGGGACCACGCUUUAAAAAACUGGCUAACAUGUAUGACCCACGGUAAAGGCCGGCACGAUUCACACGUUCGACACAUUUCAGAUCUUCUUGUGGACCCAGGCUCUCCAAACCUUGAUGUUGCUAAAUUUCCUUUCAUCUAUAUGAGAAGUUGCUGGUGGCGUAUGAUGUUUUUGUUAAAGGUCAUAAGAAAAACUAGUUCACAAACACUCUUUCCUUUCCUUCAUGGAUCAGCGAGUUAUUUUAACAUGUUGAUGUGACAGGUGCUUGCUGUGGGCUUGUGUGUUUCACAUUGAGCAACACCAACUGGAGAGAGGAACUGUGUGGAAGUGCGUACCGAUUAGACACGGGGCGAAAGACAGACGCCUUGUUCCUAAUACAUGUGUCAUGGUUAGUUUAGCUGAUAAUCAACACUGGGGUUUGCUGAGCAUGUAAAUGGUUUUAAAAGAAAGAAAUACUGUAUUGACGAUUAGGAACUUUUAUAAAAUGAUUAUUAGUUUGGCCAAAAAAUUUAAAUUCUGUCAUCAUUAACUCAUGCUUAUUUUUCCAUGGAACACCAAACAGGUUUGGUAUGCAAGUCCAUGCGCUCCUGAAAAAUGACAAAAAAGCAACAGACAGAUACACGGCAAGUCCAAAACUUACUGAGAUCAAAGAUUUGAGAGCGAUGGCAGAGGGAAGGACUUUCCCAGAAUAACACACAAUAGAGUGCCGCAAGGAUGAUGUAUUUUUGUAGGCAAAACCCCUUGGCAAGUUAGCAUUUUAGCACUUCCGGUUCCAUUGUCCCAA